AUGGCUGCUUCAGCCAUCUUGGCCAGGCAAGGCGACUCGGGCGAUCUCGUGCGGGUCGUCACUGCGAUUGUGCGAGUCAUUGCGGAAGGGUGGAGUGUGGAAGAGCUGGACUGCGUAGACUUUUGGCGACGGCAGGGCGCCGGGCGGAGCGUGUUGGAGCGGCUCGAUGUCGCUUCCGCCGUUGCGCUUACAAAAGUGUUCGUUGUGGAGCGGAGCCAGGAAUUUGACUAUCAGAUGUAUCACGACUUGCCGACGUCGCGGUACUUUGCCUAG